AUGGGUAAUGGUAAUAUUUCUCUUCUUUUUGUUGUUCUGCUUCUUCUGUUUUGUAGCUCAGGAGCAGAGGUUGUUACUGUAGAUGUUCAUGCAGCUCGUCAACUCAUCCAAUCUGGACACCGUUAUCUUGAUGUUAGGACAGAAGAAGAAUUUAAGAAAGGGCAUGUAGACAACUCUUUGAAUAUUCCCUAUAUGUUUAAUACUCCCCGAGGUAGGGUGAAGAAUCCAAAAUUUAUAGAACAGGUAUCUUCAGCAUGCGACAAGGAAGAAAAGCUACUUGUGGGAUGUCAGAGCGGUGUGAGGUCCCUGUAUGCUACUACUGAUCUUCUUAAUGCUGAAUUCAAGCAUGUCAGCAACAUGGGAGGUGGGUAUCUGGCUUGGGUGGAGAAUGGAUUUGCUGUAAACAAACCACAAGAUGAGCUUUGA